UGACUGGCCUGCUACCCCUGCUGCCGGUCUGUCUGUCUGUCCACUCCACUCCCCUCGUGCUGCUGAGCACCGUGUACGCCGCUGCAGUCUAGCUCCUUGGUGGCCAGUGCCACGUGGCACUUUCAAAUAGCCUGAGCAUCCCUCUGCUGGGGAAGUUGUAAUUACAGCUGAGGUCGACAGGAACUGUCAAACCUGCACCAGCGUGUCGACCUGGUGAUUUUCUCGAGCCCAUGCGUCAACGUAUUUAGGAGCAUCGAGGCAGCCGCAGCAGAAAUGCUGCGACUCGGCUCGCCGCUGUCCACGUCAGUCAGCAGCCUGCGCAGCGCGUCCCCGCUGCGGCGAUCCGCGGUGCCGGGAUCGCCGAGCGUGCUCUCCAAGGCGAAGAGCGCGGGGGGUAAAGGCCGGCGCCGGUUCACGUGCUGGCGAUGCGUGGCGGCGGGGAUGCUGGGGCUCGUCGCGCUGCUGGCGGCGGAGCAGUUCAGCAGUCGCAGCCUCCUCGACUUCAGCACGCUCGACAAGCUCGCUGAGAAGCCAUUGCAGGGCGCGGAAGGCGGCGCAGCGGAAGGCGGAAUGGCGCUGGGGGGGGACCCUCGCCUGCUGGAGGGGCGGGGAAGGGGUGGGCGCGGGGCAGCGGGCGGAGCCUUGCGGGUGCGCCUACAGGAGCAGCAAGGCGGAUGGGGGGGCGGGGGAAUGGGCAUCGGGCAAGGUUAUGGUGGGGGGGGAAUGCAGAGGGGUUUCGGAGGGGUAGAGAGUGGAGGGGAUUGGAGAGAGCGGAUGUCAAGGCAACAGCAAGGAGGGGUGCUCUUGCAGGGGGGUGUGACAGGGGGAGCAGAGAACGCGAGGUGGCAGCGCGAAGGAAAAGCGCAGGGGCAGAUGCGAGCAGCUGGGCAGGGCGUUGAACAGCAGAGACUGCAGCAGGAGCAGCAGCAGCGCGUGCUGCCACAGCAGCAGAUGCAGCAGCAGCAGCAGCAGCAAGGAGAGGAGGCGAGGGUGGGUGAGGAGGGAGCGGAGAAGGAGAACUGUGACGAGUGCUGGGCGGAGGUCAACAGGCUCCUGGCCAUCUAUGGACCAUACUCGCAACGCAGGGCCCAGCUGUACGGUGGGCGCCGUCGCUUGCUCGCCCUGCCACGGCGCCUCACAGGCUGCCUUCCUCCACACGUCCUCGCCAACCUCUCCCUCCUGCUCUCGGCCUCGCAAACCCUAAGACUGCCCACUGGCCGCUUGUCAGGGGCGUUGAGCCAGGAUGAGUCAGCAGCCACUGAUGGUGUUGUGGCGCCCAGGACGGGCCGAGCCGAUGAGCAUGAUUGGGGAGGAGUGGGCGAUGGAACUGGUGCGAGGUCGAUGGUAGCUGAAGGCGGGCUCAGAGCAACAAGUGGGGGACACGACGAGAGGGCGCGUGGAGCGGAGGUUGGUGACGGUGGAGAUGGGCGGAGAAGAGAGUUCUGGGGUGAAGGCGAGCGGCUGGAAACGAGGCACAGCGGAGAGGAUGGUAGCUCUCUGGAGAGCAGCAGAUUGCAAUUGAAGGAAAAAUUGGUGGGGCGGAUGAUAGGAGACGAGGGAGGGGAAGGCGAUCACUUGAUACAGGGAGGGCUGGAUGGUGGUGGCGUGGAUGGGGAAGCAGCUGUGAUGGCAGGGGGAGGGCGGCGCCUGCUGAAGGCGUCUGCGGUGGAUGUGCUGCAGGCGAAGCUGGUGAACGUGCAGGGCGACAUCGAUGACAUCAAGGCCAAGAUCGAGAGCGUCAAGGCGAGUUUGGAGGAGCAGGCGGAGGCGAUGCAGCGGGUGAAGGACUUUCUGUACGACCAGGGCAACUGGGCGCCCAGGCUGCUCACCGAGAGGGCGCACAACCGCAGUGUGAGCAUGUUGGAGCAGCAGUGUGUGCUGGCGCUCACAGACAAGGCGGGCGACGCAAUCAAGCAGCUCAACAUGCCGCCAGAACGACCCACCUCCUGGAAGGGCUACUACUGCCAGGCGAGUCCAGCGGAGCUGGCCAAGUACCACAAGUACCGGCCGCACCGGCAGUGCCCCGACGACUGGUUCUUCGUGCAGGACCUGCUCUAUGCCAAGGACUGCUUCCACCUCCCCAUCCGCAACUGCUUUGCACGCGCACCCACCAACCCCUCCGAGCCGCUGCCGUUCCCGCAGUCGCUGUUUGACCAGCGCGCACUCAAGGACGAGAACGUGCGGUGGGGCAGCCACCACUGCAAGUCGUUUGCAUGCCUCAACGCGCGUGCGCUGGGCGACUGCCGCAACUGCUUCAACCUCACGCUCGAGGGCUUCCGCUGGCAGAGGGCCUACAGGGGCUCCCAAACCAUGGCCGACGUCGUCAAGCUCAAACGAGGGGCGCUCAGGCUGGGUCUGGAUGCAGGAGGAGGGACUGGCAGCUUUGCAGCGCACAUGGCGCGGUACAACGUGACGGUGCUGACCACCGCCAUGAACAGCGAGACAGUCAACGGCAACUACGGUGGCCUGCCGUACAUGGAGACCAUCGCACUGCGGGGCCUCAUCCCACUCUUCGUUCCUCACAAGGCGCGGCUGCCAUUCUACGACAACACGUUGGACGUCAUCCACAGUGUGAACAGCGUCAAGUACCUGCCCAUCAUUGACUUCGAGGAGCUCGUCUUCGAGUGGGACCGCGUGCUGCGCCCAGGGGGCAUCAUAUGGUUUGAGAUGUUCUACGCGCCCAUGGACGAGAUGCCUCUGUACGUCGCAGUGAUUGAGUUCCUAGGGUACCGCAAGCUCAAGUGGGGCUUUGCGCCCAAGCCAGAGUCGGGUGAGCGCAAGGGCUUCCACCUCUACCUCAAUGCUGUCAUUGAAAAGCCCGCACGCAAAGACCCUCGCAACGCUGCUGCUGCUGCUGCUGCUGUGCGUGCUGCUGGGGCAGCUACUGCAAGUGCUGCUGCUGGUGCUGCUGGCGGUGGUGCGAAGAAGGGUAAGGCAAGCCCAAGGGGUGGUCAGGGAGGGAGAGGCGUUGCAGGGCCAGACAGAAGAAAAGGAGCCACUAUUGGGGGUGAUGCCAAGGGAGGGAAGGAGGCGCCUGUGGUAGCGAAAGUGAGUGCGGGCAAAGGUGGGCCUGCUGUGGCAAGUGCAGCAGGUGGGGAAGGCAGAGGAGGAGGUGCUCAGGGGAAGAGUGAUGCCGCCGCUGUUGCUGUAGGUAAAGGACGUGCAGCGGCGGGGAAGGGAGCAACUAAGCCAGGAGUGGGCAAGGGAGCUGGAACGGGGAAAGUGGUAAAGCAGACUAUAACUCAAGUGGGUGGUUCUAGAAAGGCCACAGCAAAGGCUGCACCUGCACAAAAAGGGGGUGGGAAGGGGAAAGUAGUUAAGAGCAAGGGCGGGAAGGCUUCACAAUGAUGCUGAUUUUCUGUAUUUUUUACCAAAGAAAAGGGUAUUUUGAUC